GACAGGUUACUUUGUAAAGGCCAAUUUUAUAUUCUUGGAUAUGGUACAUAAGUGCACGUACACCGCGUAAUUAAAACUUCUGUAAUAUUAGUUAGGCACAGUUGAAAGCUCAAUAUAAUAAUAAUAAUAAUAUAUAAUGCAUAAUGUUACGAGAUUUAAGCAAUUUAGGCUAAACGUUUGUGUUUUCAUGUUAUAAUUUGUAGUCAUUCUAGAACAAGAAAAGCAUAAUUUAUAUAUAAUUUCGUGAUUUUUUAUGGUCUCACAAAAUGCCAAACCUUGCAAGUAGUGUCAUAAGCCUUGUCAAGAUCAAAGAAGAUAGAAACGAGAUAAUCUCUCUUAAGGAAUGCUUCUGUGAUCGAGGUUUCGAGACAAAUCAGGUGGUCCUCAGCGGAGCUUUGUCAGUGACAACCACACUGAGUGGCUGAGAAGAUGUUGUUCGACUCAACCAAACAAGAUAAAUAUUAACCAUCCUCUUCAAAACCUCACAGAGAUAGUUGUCAAAGAAGGAAUGUUGGGAUCCUUUCCAGGCUUCAAAAAAAAGGGAGAACAAUAGCUUUACACCAUGCAUCUGGAAAAUAUUCUCCUGUCAAAUCUGGUUUAAAACAACCAGAAGAAGAGCAAAAGAGGCAGGAUAGAGACCGUGUAGGAUCUCGUAGGGAACAUCAUCAGGUCCAACUGGUGUACUUCUUGACCAAUGAAGAGCAACCUUAAGUUCCAUUAAUGUAAAUGGGCAGUUACAAUCCUAGGGAUGAUCUACUCUAAAGGAAAGUAGCAAUUUCUCAGUACAUGAGUGGAUUCUCAAAAAGGCAAAGGAAUUAACAGAAGUGCUGGAAAGGUAGGAAUCCCGGAGAGCAUCAGCAAUACAUUGUGAAGAAUUUGAUGUAAUAUGGGGAGUAACUGCAAGUGGUAUUUCUACAAUAUCCUUUGAUUUCAGGAGGAGUUCACUAUGGUCGGUACCGGUACUCAGCGUCGAGUACAGUUAUUGGGUCAUCACUACUGGCUGUACUGGUAUUGGUUUAUAGCACAUCAUAUCUUGAGAAUAAUAUCUGUUAUCACGUGUACCAUCUUCAGGGUUUUGACCGAACUCCUCCUCAGAUAUAAAGACCAGUGUGAACAUCUGUGGAAGUCAGUUUCCUGGUUACGUUAUAAAACAAGAAGAUCACUCUACAGAAGAUGUAAAAUUCUUGAACAACAAUAUUAGUGGAGAAACAAGAUUAAGUGAAAAGGGUCAAUUAAAAAUACAUGAAAGAAUACACACUGGUGAGAAGCCUUAUAGUUGUGUAGUGUGUGCUAAACAAUUUAUGUCAAGCUAUAACUUAAGAAUACAUCAAAGAAUAUAUUCUGGAAAGAAACCAUAUCAUUGUACAGUUUGUGGAAAACAGUUUGAUAGAAAUAGUUACUUAAAAGAACAUCAAAGAAGACACACUGGGGAGAAACCUUACAGUUGUACAGUGUGUGGAAAACAGUUUGGAACAAAAGAUAAUUUAAAAAAACAUCAAAGAAUACAUACUGGUGAGAAACCUUACAGUUGUGGAGUUUGUGGAAAACACUUCAGAACAAAUAAUAAAUUAAAAGAACAUCAAACAAUACAUACUGGUGAGAAACGUUACAGUUGUACAGUUUGUGGAAAACAGUUUGGAACAAGGAGUAACUUUAAAAAACAUCAAAGAAUACACAGUGGGGAGAAACCUUACGUUUGUACAGUUUGUGGAAAACAGUUUGGUACAAAGACUGACUUAAAAACACAUCAAAGAAGACAUACUAGAGAGAAGCCUCAUAGUUGUGCAGUGUGUGAAAAACAAUUUGUAACAAACAAUGCAUUAAAAAGACAUCAAAGGAUACACACUGGUGAGAAACCUUACAGUUGUACAGUUUGUGGAAAACACUUUGGAACAAAUGGUCAUUUAAAAAGACAUCAAGCAAUACACACUGGAGAGAAACCUUACAGUUGUGCAGUUUGUGAAAAACAGUUUGUAACAAACAGUGAAUUAAAAAUACAUGAAAGAAUACACACUGGGGAAAAACCUUACAGUUGUGUAGUGUGUGGAAAACUGUUUGGAACAAACAGUAUAUUAAAAACACAUCAAAGAAUGCACACUGGGGAAAAACCUUACAGUUGUGUAGUGUGUGCUAAACAAUUUAUGUCAAGCUAUUACUUAAAAACACAUCAAAGAAGACACACUGGGGAAAAACCUUACAGUUGUGGAAUUUGUGGAAAACAGUUUGGAACAAACAAUGAAUUAAAAAACCAUCAAAGAAUACAUACUGGUGAAAAACCUUACAGUUGUACAGUGUGUGGAAAACAGUUUGGAACAAAUGAUAAUUUAAAAAAACAUCAAAGAAUACACACUGGUGAGAAACCUUAUAGUUGUACAGAUUGUGAAAAACAGUUUGGAACAAAAGGUGCAUUAAAAAUACAUCAAAUAAUACACACUGGGGAAAAACCUUAUAGUUGUGCAGUUUGUGAAAAACAGUUUGGAACAAAUGGUGGCUUAAAAAGACAUCAAAGAACACACACUGGGGAAAAACCUUACAGGUGUGUAGUGUGUGCUAAACAAUUUAUAUCAAGCUGUAACUUAAAAUCACAUCAAAGAAUACACACUGGUUAGAAACCUUAUAGUUGUACAGUUUGUGGAAAACAGUUUAUAGCAAAAGGUAACUUAAAAACACAUCAAAUAAUACAUAUUGGGUAAAAACCUUACACUUGUACAGUGACUUGACAAAACUUUUUUACAA